GGGGUGUGUGGGGGAGGGGGGGGGGUGUGGGUGGAAGGAGACUUUGAAGCGUUUUAAUAUGGGACCGUUGGAAAAAGUGAAUUGCCUCUGCGCCCUGACCUUGUCGCUGAGCCUGUGCAGCCUGGCGAUCAGCUCGAUGGAGCCGGAGCGCUCUGAGCGAGAGGGCAGAUGUCAAGCCAUCGACAUCCCCAUGUGCCGGGACAUUGGCUACAAUAUGACCCGCAUGCCCAACCUGAUGGGUCACGAGGAUCAAAGGGAAGCAGCCAUCAAGUUGCACGAGUUCGCCCCCCUGGUCGAAUACGGCUGUCACAGUCACCUCAAGUUCUUCCUGUGCUCCCUCUACGCCCCGAUGUGCACCGAGCAGGUCUCCACCCCGAUCCCCGCCUGCAGGGUCAUGUGUGAGCAGGCUCGCCUCAAGUGCUCGCCCAUCAUGGAGCAGUUCAGCUUCCGCUGGCCGGACUCUCUGGACUGUAACAAGCUGCCCAACAAGAACGACCCCAAUUUCCUCUGCAUGGAGGCGCCCAGCAACGGCUCGGACGACGCUGCCCGGGCGGCCAGUGUCCUCCCGCCCGUCUACCGGCCGCACCUGAGGGCGGGCGGCAGCCCGGACCUGUUCCCCUUCCCCCCGGACAGCCCCGGGAAGGCGGCCUGUGAGAAUUACGACAAGUUCCACCGGGUGGAGAAGAGCGCUUCGUGCGCCCCGCUCUGCUCUCCCAAUGUCGACGUUUACUGGGCCGGUCAGGACAAGAGGUUCGCCUUCAUCUGGAUCGCCAUCUGGUCGGUCGUGUGCUUCUUCUCCAGUGCCUUCACCGUCCUGACCUUCCUGAUCGACCCUCAGCGUUUCAAGUACCCGGAGAGGCCCAUCAUCUUCCUGUCCAUGUGUUACUGUGUCUACUCUGUGGGCUACAUCAUCCGCCUCUUCGCUGGAGGGGACAGCAUCGCCUGUGACAGGGACAGUGGACACCUCUAUGUUAUCCAGGAAGGCUUAGAGAGCACGGGUUGCACCAUUGUCUUCCUGGUCCUCUACUACUUCGGCAUGGCCAGUUCCCUCUGGUGGGUCAUUUUGACCCUCACAUGGUUCCUGGCCGCUGGGAAGAAAUGGGGCCACGAAGCCAUUGAAGCAAACAGCAGCUAUUUCCACCUGGCUGCCUGGGCAAUUCCUGCCAUCAAAACCAUCAUUAUCCUGCUGAUGAGGAGAGUGGCCGGGGAUGAAUUGACCGGCAUCUGUUAUGUGGGAAGUAUGGAUGUCAACGCCUUGACUGGCUUUGUGCUCAUCCCUCUGGCUUGCUACCUGAUCAUUGGCACCUCGUUCAUUUUGUCCGGGUUUGUGGCGCUUUUCCACAUCAGGAGGGUCAUGAAGACUGGCGGCGAGAAUACGGAUAAACUGGAGAAACUGAUGGUGAGGAUAGGCGUCUUCUCAGUGUUGUACACUGUCCCUGCGACUUGUGUCAUCGCUUGUUAUUUCUACGAGCGCCUCAACAUGGAUUAUUGGAAGCUCUUAGCCACUCGGGAAAAGUGCAAAGCGGGCAACCAUUCCAAAGCUCUGGACUGCACCAUGAGUAACUCCAUCCCAGCAGUGGAAAUUUUUAUGGUCAAGAUAUUCAUGCUCCUGGUGGUAGGGAUCACCAGCGGCAUGUGGAUUUGGAGUUCCAAGACCCUGCAGUCUUGGCAGAACAUUUGCAGCAGGAGAUUCAGAAGAAGGGUCCGCAGGAAACCUGCCAGCGUUAUUACUAGUAGUGGCGGGGGCUCCUAUGGAAAAGCCCACCCUCCCUUGAAAGUACAAGGGAAAUAUGAACCUGCACUCCCACCAACUUGUGUUUGAAAUGAUUGUUGCCUCAAACCUAAGGCAACAAUCUCUCUCUCUCUUUCCCCAUUCGCAGAUUGUGUACAGAGCUGGCCUGGAAGGUGAAUGACACAAAAUGGGGAACCUGCAGACAAUGAACAACUCCUCGCCUAAAGUGAAAACAUUAAGGAGGAAUAGUGUCAGUUGCUGCCAGCACCGCUCACUUGGGUUGGAUGCUGAGGUUCAAAAAAAGGUUAAACUAUCGGAGGAACCUGUGAUGUCUCAAACAUUUUGAGUCCAAGAUCAUCAGUGAUGUGAGUGCUCCUAUAGUCUGCUGUAUUACUGGAUUGACUAACAGUUCAAUCAUCAUAUUUCGUCCGGAUCUGCAACUAUUUACCUUUUAACUUGCAGCUUUCAGGGAUAAGUAGGGUCUCUUCAAAAGGUUCAGUAUCUUGUGGAUAAGCAAUAUUCUGCCGAAAAGAUGGGCAGUUUUAACAAUGUGCAAUAGUUUCUUUCUCUCCCUCUUUUCAACAAUCAGCUGCAGAUAAAAGGCUUACAAAGAAUCUUCUUCUGACAAAAGAACUUAGAGGUAUGGGCGACAGAAGUUCUUUAAUGACACAUUUUGCUUUCUGAUGGAAAUCAGGCCAGUGUCAGACAAGUUGAACUGAUUUGUAAACGGGCGAUUCAAAGAGACCCACGAAGCUUAUCGACUCGUCUUAUUGUAAAGCUAAUUCUAGCCAUGAAUAGAUCAACAAGCACUAGAUAAAACAAAGAGUUUGUGUGGACAGGGAGCCCCUGUGAUCUUGUAGCUCUUCACGUGCUUUGUGAAGCACAUUGAGACCUUUGUACAUAUUUGUAAAAUAUAAUUGUCGUCAAGUUUGUCUAUUUUAUAAAAUAAAAUGUUUCUUUAGUUUGGCAAGAAA